CGGUGCGGGGCUGGGCCCCGGCGCGCGCAGCCUGCUGGGCUGAGGGCGGCUGUGGGCCCGCAGGAAGCUCCCUGCACGUUUCCGACACGCUGCGGGGCUCUGGGGGCCGGGGGGGCACCGCCACGGGGAGCUCACGGUGAUGGGGACGCAAUGGGGAUGCUGCGGGGCUGAGCGCCGCGCUCUGACCUACAUUCGCCGCGAGGAGGUUCCCCAGCCCCCGGCUGCCCCCCUGCCAUGAAGCGGCACAAGUGACAAGGGACAGCGUGGCACAAGGUGCCCUGCUCAGUGCCAUGGCCAGCUCGGCGCCGUGGCUGCGCUGGGCACAGACGGAGCUGGGCACCGGCUGCGAGGAGCUGAAACGCUGGGAGGAGGAGGAGGAGGAAGAGGAGGAGGAGGAAGAUUUUGGGAGACACAUGGAUGAGAACGGUGUCAUCGGCCUGGGGGACGACGGGCUGGUGGCUGUCACCAGCCGGCCGGGGAGCUCGCAUUUUGGGGAGGCAGCCGCCGGCAGCGUGGACCUGAGCGACCUGCAGGACUCGGGCUCGGAGGAGUGGGGCCGGGAGGAUGCCGGGAGCCCCCCGUCGGGUGAUGGCGAGGACCUGGAGGGGUCCCCAGUGGAGCCGGCUCGCUGGCACCCACGGCAGGACCUGACUGAGGAAGAGGAGGAGGAGGAGGAAGGGGAGGAGGAGGAGGAGGAUGAGGAGCGGGGCAGCUCCAUGGAGGAUGAGCGGCUGGAGGGGCCCUGGGGGGCAGAGAGCGAUGGGGAGCUGCACCCCGAGGCAGGGCCCCUCCACAAGGCCCCGGCUGUCACCACGGAUGGUGGGGACACCUCGGGGCCUUCGGACACCAGCCCCGGCCCCGCCACCCCCCCAAGACGCCGCCGGGGCUGGGGCCGGGCCGGGCCUUUGGGGAGCCCCCAGACCCCGCACCAGAGGCCCCGAGUGCCCGAGCCCGGCCGGCUGUCGCGGUCCCUGAGCCCCCGGCGGCACGGCGGUGCCAAAAAGCCUAAGGAGACCCCCGAAGGCUGCCGGUACGGCCGGGGGCAGCUCAACCACCCCCUGCCCGACCUCUCCAAGGUGGAGGCGCGGGUGAAGUUCGACCAGAGCUACCGCCCGCCGCCCAGCAGAGCCCUGCCCGCCCGCGCCAGGACCCCGGGCGGCCCCCUGGUCCCCAAAUCCCCCGCCGAAAUCGUGCGGGAGGUGCUGCUGAGCAGCGGGGAGGGGGCCCCGACGCAGCCCCCCGCGCCCCCCGGCGUGCCGCAGGAGCUCAGGUCCCCCCGGCAGGCCACGGCGCUGGUGCAGCAGCUGCAGGAGGACUACCACAAGCUGCUGACCAAGUACGCCGAGGCCGAAAACACCAUCGACCAGCUGCGGCUGGGUGCCAAGGUGAGCCUUUACGCCGACCCGCCCCGCGCCAGCCGCAGCGCCCACGCCGGCACCCUGGGCAGCGGCUGCAGGGUGAUGGCCUUCAGCAUCCCGCGGGCCAGCACGGCCACCGUCAGCACGGCCCCAAACCCGAACCCGAAUCCAGCCCCGACCCCACCGCUCUCAGUGAAUGGAGCGCCGGGGGGGUCCCCCCAGCAUCACCUUGUGCUUGUUGCAGAUCUGGGACCGGCUGAAUGGGGGAUGUCCCAGCGGCCCUGCUCCCCCUUCUCCUCCUCGGGGGGCUGCCCCACAUGUGUGGGGCAGUGCCGGUGCCUGGGGCCGCAGCUCACGCAGACGCUGGCAGGGCAGACCCGCAAGCUUCAGGCACAGGUGGAGUCCUUCGAGAGCUGGCUCCAUGCAGGGAGCGCGGUGCCGCAGGAGCAGCUCCAGCGGUUCCGGCGGCUGAAGGCGGCGCAGGACGCGCUGGAGCGGGCGUACCUGCGGGCACGGGAGGAGCACGGGCAGCAGCAGCAGCACCCCGCAGCCUCGGGGGACUUCGACCCGGAGCGCGCGGUGGAAGGGGAAAUAUUCUGCCUGGGGAUGCGCCUGGAGGAGCUGAAGGAGCGGCUGGAGCGAGCAGCGCGCCCCCCGGGCUCCCCGCGCCCCCAGCUGAGCCCAGCGGUCACCGAGGGUCCCCCCAGCACCCAGGGGACAUCGGGGGACGGCGAGGCUGGUGCAGGGGGGCUGCCCCGGCCCCUCUGGCACAAGCAGCACCGAGCAGAGGAGGACUUCGGGGACCUGCUGGAGCAGUACCAGCACUUCAAGUCCUUGCCGGCAUCGCUGAGCCUGGAGCGCCUGAGCCUGGCGGGCAGCGGCUCCCUGGAGGAGGCGGAUGGCCCUGCUGGCAGGGGACCAGUGGCCCCAGGGCAGGUCCCCUGCAGGGCACGGUCACUGGAGGAGGGCACCGACCUCGAGACCUCCCCCUCCCCCCCCCCGCAGAGGAGAGCCGUGCCGCUGCCCCACAGGGACCCCCUGCGGCUGGAGGGGACCCGCUGGCCACCACCAGGAGCCCCCAGCUGCCCCCCGGCCGCACCACCGGUGCUCCCCGAUCCCCUGCCACCGCGGGUGCUCCCGUCCCGGCACAGCAGCGGGGCGGGCAGCGCUGGCACCCAGCGCCGACCCCUCAAGCCCUGCCACCAGGUGAGCGCUGGGGGCGGUGGGUCCCCGCUGGCCGUCACCCUGCAGGGGUCUCCCGGGGGUGCAGGGCACCCGUCCCGCUCCCAGUUGUUGCAGGAGCAGCGCAUGGUGUCGCCGGAGACGGACAGCGGCUUCGUGGGCUCGGAGGCCAGCCGGGUGUCCCCGCUGGUGCGCACCCCCGAGCAUCGCCCCCUGGGCACCGGGACGCCAGGCUCGCUGGGACCACCCGCCCCCAUCCCCGCACCUCUCCGUCCAACGCAGCAGAAGGAUGCGCAGCCGCUGCCCCCCGAGAAGAAGCUGUUGGGCACCUACCCGUCCCCUGGGCACGUGCCCCCCCGGGGCAGCGUUGAGGGGCCCAGCCUGCCCCCCAGCACCGCCUCGCACAGCAGCUCCCCCCAGCUCUGGGCCGAGAGCCCGGGCAGCAAGCUGGGACCCCACGGUGCCGGCGGUGAGCGGCCAGCCCCCGGCACUGCCCCGCGCCCCCCGCCACCACCUUCACCGCCUCCUGCCCCCUCCCCAGCUCACAGCGACUCGGAGGGGGGGGGCAGGAGCUGCGCCAGCGCCUGCAGCCCCCUGCCCGGGGGGGGCACCGCCUCACCAUCCCCUGCCCUGGCUCCCUGCGACCUGCUGGGCUCCCGCGUGGAGCGCGACCAGGCCAUCCGGGCGCUGCAGGACGAGGUGUGGCGGCUGCGGCGGAGGCUGGAGGAGAGCCUGCGCCGCUCCCGCAGCUACCCCGAGGGAAAGACCCCCCCGCGGGGCACCCAGGCCAGGAGGCAGCCGGCAGCGAGUGGCCCCUCGUCCCCCCAGGACACAGCGCCCACGGGGGAGCCGAGCCCCCCGGCACGGGGCAGGGUGGCCCCCCCUGCUGUGACAAGGGGCAGGUCGGCAUCGCUGCCACGGGACAGGACCGAGCUGGACCUCAGCUCGGAGUUGGGCCACUCGCUGGCUGGGCACAGGGACGGGUGGCACCAGGGCACCCCGGCCGCACAGAAGCGCUCUCGGAGCCCCCCGGGCACGGGGACGGUGCGGGGGCAGUACACAGGGACGCGGUACCGGGUGCCACCGCCCGGCACCCCGGCACCCCGAGGAGAGCCGAGCACCCCGGGGUGCCCCCAGUGCCACGGGAGCAGGAUGGCACCAGCCGGACCCACGACGGGCGACGCCGUGCGGCAGCCCCAGCAGAGCACCCCCAGGACACGGCGCUGCCCCACGUGCCGGGCACCCCGAGCUGGCCCCACGGCGAGCAGCAGGGACGGAGCCGCACACGAGCUUGGCACCGAUGCCACGUCCUUGCCAGGCUCCCGUCCCCGAGCCGAGCCGCCGGAGCAGCCGGGACUGUGGUACCUGGCAGGCGGCCCCCCCGUUGGAUACCUCGCCCCCGUGCCCCUCGUGCCUUACGCGCCCCCCCUGCUGUAUGCUCCCCAGGCUGUCCCUACCUCAGCCCCGACCCCCCCGCCGUGCCCCCCCCCGGGGCUGCCCCUGGCGGACCUGGAGGAGCUGCAGCGCUCCCUGGGCCGCGCCGUGGCCGCCGCUCAGCGCGCCAGGAGCAGCACCAAGAGGCUGGGCCGCUCCCUGGCCGCCGAGCUCAGCAGGGCGCGGGGCCUGCGGGGGUCCUGCCUCUUCUGA